AUGUCGGGCAGAAAAGAAACCGUUCUAGACCUUGCGAAGUUCGUAGACAAAGGCGUUCAAGUUAAGCUUACUGGUGGCAGACAAGUCACAGGGACUCUGAAAGGGUAUGAUCAGUUACUUAACCUAGUCCUUGAUGAAGCUGUAGAGUUUUUAAGAGAUCCUGAUGAUCCUCUCAAAACUACCGAUCAGACCAGACAACUUGGCUUAAUUGUUUGUAGAGGAACUGCUGUCAUGCUUGUGUCCCCAACUGAUGGUACAGAUGAGAUCGCCAACCCCUUUAUACAGCCAGAUGGGGCCUAA